ACAAUAUUACUGGUUUCAGGAGCUAUUAUCAUUUAAGUUGCUAAUCAUGUUCAUGAAAGAAGUAAUAUAAAAUUAUGAAAAGGGCUUGGAAUCUAAUCAAUAUAUAGAAACCUAAAAUCUAAGCAAAACCCUUUUUAUAUCUCUCUCAGACACACACACAUGAUCAAAGUCUGAGAGACAGCUCUUCUCAGUUGAGAGAAGCCUUCCAAUACCGUGAGAGUCUGAGAAAAAACAUGUCCCAACAUCUUCUUCUCAUUCUCCUCUCGCUUCUCUUCACUGUUUUUUCUAAUCCCAUUUCCGCCUCUCAAAUUAUCCAAAAAUUCAAAGAAGCCCCACAGUUUUACAAUUCAGCUGAUUGCCCCAUAAUCGAUCCCGGAGAUGAUGACGAUGACGUGUCGGCGAAGCCAAUAUUCUGCUCUCGUCGAGCUGUCCACGUGGCCAUGACACUCGACGCCGCCUACAUUCGCGGCUCAGUCGCCGCCGUCCUCUCCGUCCUCCAACACUCCUCUUGCCCGGAAAACAUCGUCUUCCACUUCGUAGCCUCCGCUUCCGCCGACGCGUCGUCUCUACGCUCCACCGUCUCCGCCUCUUUCCCUUACCUCGAGUUCAAAGUCUACGUCUUCAACGUCUCCUCCGUCUCCCGUCUGAUCUCCUCCUCCAUCCGCUCCGCCUUAGACUGUCCCUUAAACUACGCCCGGAGCUACCUCGCCGAUCUCCUCCCGCCGUGCGUCCGCCGCGUCGUGUACCUAGACUCCGAUCUAAUCCUCGUCGACGAUAUCGCCAAACUCGCCGCCACAGAUCUCGGCCGAGACACCGUCCUCGCCGCGCCGGAGUACUGCAACGCAAACUUCACCUCCUACUUCACCUCAGCCUUCUGGUCAAACCCGACUCUCUCCUUAACGUUCGCCGAUCGCAAGGCCUGCUACUUCAACACCGGAGUGAUGGUGAUCGAUCUCUCGCGGUGGCGGGAAGGUGAGUACACCGCACGCAUCGAGGAUUGGAUGGCGAUGCAAAAGCGAAUGAGAAUUUACGAGCUCGGUUCGUUACCGCCGUUUUUGCUGGUUUUCGCCGGUUUGAUUAAACCGGUUAAUCAUCGGUGGAACCAGCACGGUUUGGGAGGAGAUAACUUCAGGGGACUGUGCCGAGACUUGCAUCCUGGUCCGGUGAGUCUGUUGCAUUGGAGUGGGAAAGGUAAGCCAUGGGCUAGACUCGACGCUGGUCGGCCUUGUCCGUUAGACGCGCUUUGGUCUCCGUACGAUCUACUUCAAACACCGUUUGCUUUGGAUUCUUGACCAAGUUCGGUUUACUUAUUUUACCGGUACAUACGUAACAUACAUACAUUCAAAAUAUAUACGUGAUUUUUGGUUUUCCAUGUAAAUCUAUUCAUAAAUUGUGACAAACAAAAAGCGUUUUGCAUUUGUUCGUUGUUUUGAUCGGAGUAUGUAGAAACUAACAAUAAAACGGAGGCGGUUGUUUA